UUUAUAGAGAUAAGUGAUUUGUUUUCGCACACUAUUAUUAUUUAAUUAUUAGUUUUUGCAAAAAAAGCUAAAAUUGUUAUAAAUUCGUUCUCAAAAGAAGCAACAAAAUUUCAUAAAAUUGUGAUAGUAAUAAGACGUCAUAUUUCUAAUGUCGCCUGAAUCAUUUCACCUUUGUUCGGGUUCAUUUCUUCUGAGCUGAGUGGAAAAAAAAAAACAAAUAAAUAAAUAUAAAUAUAAAUAAUUAAAUAAAGUAAAGUCAUAUAGUAAAAAAAUUGUUGAGUGUAUAGAUUCGAUUAUCUUGGGGAAAGUUAAAAUUUACAAAACGAUGAAGUUGGCUUUUUUCUGGAUCUAUGUAGUUCUAUUUUCUAUAAAGGAAGUGGUCAACGCGGCGUCAUUUUUCAAACGAGCAAAAUUAUUAUCUCCUGUAAUAUUUGUUCCAGGCGACGGUGGAAGUCAACUCGAGGCGAAACUCAAUAAAUCGAGCUCCCUUCUGUAUUGUGCAAAGAAAUCUGAUUGGUACAGUCUGUGGUUAAAUUUAGAAUUAUUGGUGAUACCGCCAGUUUAUUGUUGGGUUGAAAAUGUUAAACUAUGUUACGAUGAAAUUACUCGAACAACUCGCAAUACACCAGGAGUUGAGAUACGUGUUCCUGGAUGGGGUGAUCCUGAGGUGGUUGAAUGGAUAGAUCCUACACAUAAUAAAGCUGGGGCCUACUUUAAAGAUAUAGCAAAUGUGUUAGUUGAUUUGGGUUAUGAACGAAAAAAGAAUAUACAUGGAGCACCAUAUGACUUUCGAAAAGGACCAAGUGAACAUCGUCAAUUUUUCAUUGAUUUAAAAAAACUUGUUGAGGAUUCGUAUGAACGAAACUCAAAGUCGCCUGUUACGUUCAUAUCCCACAGUAUGGGCAGUCCAAUGACAUUAGUGUUUCUUCACCAACAGACUACGGAAUGGCGGAAAAAAUACGUAAAGCGGCAAAUAAGUUUAGCCGGAGCAUGGGCUGGUAGUAUGAAAGCCCUUAAAGUGUUUGCAAUGGGUGAUGAUUUGGACUCGUUUCUUCUCAGUGGAAAAAUUUUAAAGGAAGAACAAAUUACGAAUCCCUCUACCGCGUGGUUACUUCCCUCGCCGCUCUUUUGGCGACCUUCGGAGGUCUUGGUAGAAACCCCUUCACGUGUUUAUACAAUGUCACAAAUGAAGCAAUAUUUCGACGAUAUUGAUUAUUCCGUUGGUUGGCAUAUGCGAGCAGACAAUAUGCAAUUCACAUUAAAUUUCAGUCCGCCAGAAAUAGAACUACAUUGUCUGUACGGGGACGGUUUGGACACGGUUGAACGUUUACAAUACAAAAAGGAUACUAUCAUUGAUGAAACACCUAAAUUGAUAAUGGGAAAAGGUGAUGGAACAGUAAAUCAGCGGUCCUUACGUGCUUGUCAUGCAUGGAUCGAUCGACAAAGUGCCAAUAUCACGAACGUUGCUUUAAAUGGGGUGGACCAUAUGGGUGUACUUGCACACAAAGAUGUAUUGAAUUAUAUUAAAAAUGUUAUGCAGACCUAGCUUCUUCAAAACAAAUGUAUACAAAUUUUACUCAAUAUUUUUUACUUACUUUUUACAUAUCUGGACAUGUGAAUUGUUAAACACGUUUUUUCUAAAUUUAAUUUCGGAUGAUUGUACGUGGUUUUGUCUUAAGAAAAUAGUAUAAUGUACAACCUAAAUACACUUUUGGUGUAAUCUAGUGCAAUGAAAUAAAUAUGACGACUGACUGAUAACUAUA